UCAUAAUCAUUUUUGUUUAAGUUUGUAAAACGUAGGCUAUUUGUAAAAUGAAAUGUAUUCAGUUCGUGCUAUUUAGUGAUAUUUAAAUCUAGUAAUAAGAACUUAAUAUUUUAAUUUCCUGAAAAAAAAUCAAAGAAAAUUAUUUAGGCAGGGUUAGGUGCAGGCAGAGCAGAGCAGACUAUCUUCUUAACUUCAAAGUUAAUAAGGUAUGUCAAACCGUGGACGAGGGAGAGGAAGAGGCUUUGGGAGAGGAAAAUAUAAUGAAUUCAGACAGAAUGAGAGCUCUUAUGGUUUUGGUUGGCGAGGCAGAGGACGCGGAAGUUUUUCAUCUUAUGAAAAUACCCUCAAUCAAAGCGACAAGCUGCAGAAUAAGAUUGAAAGACACCCUCCUGAUUCCAGCCAAGAAAUUGAAGAGAAGCAACCAAUCUUCACUCCGCAGCCCCAGUUAGAUUACCACUCAACGAACUUCCUGACAAACCUGAGAUCAGUUUGGAACUUAUUUGAUUGUGAGUUUCCAAUGCUAUUUGCCGAUCGGUUCCCUCUUCUUCUCAGUCUUCUUUUGACUUCUUUGUUCAGAAGCACUCUAACCUGCGAUGAUGUAAUAUGGAAGAAGAGUGAAAAUGUCUCAAGAAUGCUGCAGGAAUAUUUUCUAUCAGUUGAAAAUCCCUACGAUUCAGCCUUCAAAGUUGCUGUUACCUGCCCUGACUUUUAUCAGGGGAAACCUAUGUCUUUACCUUUAGCAGUUAUUGAAGAGUUGGCUGUGUUUUUAAAACCAAAUAAGGAGAAAUACGCUUCGUGCCUUACUUUAGAUAUUAAAUUUGAUGUGUUUGAUAUAUUCACCAAGCAAAGAAAUGGACUACUCACAAAAAUGGCAUUUGAGGUGUACGAACUUCAAUCCAGUAAAGAGAUGUUUGUGGAAAGAAUAAACAGUUUUAUACAAAACCGACAGUACAAAGAGGCAUGCCAGACGGCGAUGUACCUGGGACUCGACCAGUUCGGCAUAGAGGACUUUGUUGUGCCGCUGUUGUUCCAAGACAAGUUGACAAUCGCUGAGGACUAUCUGCGUAUUAGUCCUGCCGCGCAGACAGCCACAGCUCAGUACCUCGAUCAACUGCUGCAGGGUCGAGUCAACGAGAAGAUCAUGGAUGUUAUUAGACAGCUGAAUAUCCCAGAACCAAAACAAGAAAAGCUGCAGUACAAACCCAUGUCAAAGCUAUUGGCAAGGUUUUUGAAAAUAUUCAAUAUUCAUCCUAGUAGCUGCCCAAACCUGACUCGCAAGAAAAGAGAGGGAGCUUUGCAUUUUGUGAUUUGUAAACGCUACAAGUACAAUGAAAUCGAGGGUGAGUGUUGGAGGGAGAUGGUGUCAGAGGCUGUAUGUGGAGACUCGUAUCUGGAGGAGGAGCUAGUCGCUGCAAUCAAUCUGCACGGAGACCUUGUGGAGGCUGCAUUCUUUGCUCGCAAGUUGUAG